UUCGUUCAGAUGGACGCGAAACGCGCUCGCGAGUGCAGCUGAAACUUACGUUGUCCAGUGUUAAGGACUCUUGAAUGUACAAUAUAUAUGUUGUGGCAGCGACCGUAUUUCCACCACACUGAAUCCGCGAUCCGGUUGUUCGACAUGCUUAGGGGAGCUGCAGCUGUGGUGGACUCAGUGGAAAUCAUUUAAUGGUGUACCAGGAACUGAAGAAGUGCUUUCUUCGACUUUUGAAACCACUGCGGUACUUUUCCGGUGGUUAUCCAAAACUGUGAUUCUGGUUUUGUCUGAAAUGCUCAGAUAUUUAACGCACAAACUUCGCACACAAUCUCUCAGUGAAAGCGAAACCUACCAUGUCAAGACAGACGAUGAUAGAGAUUCCGGGACCGAAUCCGAUGACGAAGGUGCUGAAAUUGAAGAACUCCAGAAGUAUAUGGAAAGCAUCAUCCAUAUUGAAAGCAGUCGUCACAGUGACAACCGGCGAUCUAAAAGACAGCAGCAGCAACCAUUACACCAGGUGACAACGGGUGAUGAAGGGGGAGGGAAUACGACGGAACCCUUCCGCCACCGUCACCACCACCACCACCACAGACGGAGGACGAGCAACAACCGGUCUCCUGAUGCGGCCUUAGAUUCUGCGCUGCCCUCCGACAGCGAUCACAACUUUGAUCAUCAUAGUUCCGAAGAGGAACUGGAGGUGAUCAACAGCGGUAGUCCGCACCUCCUUCACCACCACCAUCCUGAGAAACGUAAGUGGGGAUGUGGUGGCACUGAGGAGGACGAGGAAGAGCUCUUCGUGUGCUGCCCCGUUGAAUUCAGGACUUCGCCGCCGGCUGACGUCCACAAACCCAGCAAGUGUCUGCGCCAGGCUCAUAUACCCCCACACGAGCUGUGUUCGGUGUCUCCUCGAAAAAGGCAUCGAAGGACCCCCACCGGCCAAGCCAUCCAGCGGCCGUGCCUGGACUUUGAAAAAAUGCAACAGAUUAACAGGGUGCGACUAUUGUGAGGUGAUGUGUUGACCGUCUUCUCUUUCUGCCUUCUUCAAUGUGUCUCUCUAAAUCUCUCGUCGUUGUAACGUUCCGCCGCGAUGACUUCAUCCCACCAGGGGACUAUUUUACUCCGCUUGGAAGAAAUGAAAAGGAAAAAAAAAAAAAAAAAAAAUCCAAAGCCAACUCUUAUGUAUUAAGUGUGCGCGCGCGCCUGUGUGUGUCUGUUAUUAAAAAAAAAGGGUUGCCGCCGCCUCGUCUCGUUUGAACUUUUGACUUUAUUUUUUUAUAUUAUUUUGCCUGAGCAAACUGGUCAGCUAAUCGGUGGAUAAAUUUAAGCAAAAGUAUGUAUAUAUAAAUUGGCUUUAUUUUCUAUGUUUCAAAAAUGAAAUUGAUGCUGUAAUGACACUGUUUAUGACUAAACAUAUAACUAUGAGUGACUUGCAUUUUCCACCAAACGGUAACGAUUUCGUACCUGGGAACAAGAUAUAUAUUUAACUGAAUGGUAUUUGUCAGCUUUAGAAAUUGAAUUAUGAGUUUAUAACUGAUUGCUGCUGAGAUAUUAAUUUGCAAAAUGUGUAUACAUAUAUGAAUGUAAUAAAUCUGAUAUUGAACUAGUGUGCUCUGCUGCAACUUCUGUUGAAUUGAAUUUAAAAGAAAAGUUUUCAUUUUGAAAGUAAUAUUUUGCGUUUGGUAACAUGUGAUAUUUUUGCUUCCUGAAUGAUAUUUAUCCUUUGUUGGUGUUAAGGCUAGAGUUUAACGCUUUCGCUUUCAUUUGCUUUUUAAGUAUUAAAAGUAUGUUUAAAAUAACUAUUAUUAUUGUGAAGGAAGAGUAUGACACUUGUUACGUGUAUUUUUUUCCUGUCUAGUUUUAAUAGUUUGUUAUUUUUUACAGCUACUUUAAAAAUUUUGAGUUGAUGAUGAAUAUUACUGUAAUAAUAGUAAUAUUUUAGUACCUUUCUUUUAAUCUUUUAAUGCAGAAUUAAACAUUUUAUAGGAUUUUGAGUUAUUAAAAGUAUUUUAUGUUCUCUAUUCAAAAACCAUUUGUUAUAACUUACAGUUUGGUACCAUCAGAAUUAUUUUUAAUAACUAAUAAUGCUGAAAUCUGAUAUAAAGAAUAUUUGAAACAAUUUGGUAACCCUUCCCAUUCGAAAGUGAAAUCUUGAGCAAGUUAGAGCAGUAUCGUAAUUUGCAUGCAUUGCACUUUCCUUUUAUGCUGCAUUACUAUGCUAGAGAUUAGUUUUUGAUUAUUUUUAGGUUAAUAUAUUUAAACGCAAGUCGACCGAAGUUUAAAUACCUCAGUGAUUCUUUAUGUAUUAUUAUGUGCCAUUAAAUAAUUUCUCAUAAUGGCUUAAAAUAGUCCUGGAAUAAAAGUGUCAUAUUUAAGUUUUAUUUUAUAAAGCGUAAUAAUUCAUUUAAUUGACAAUUAUGCAUUUUGUUGUUUGUCUUAUAUUAUGCAUUUUGUUGAAUAUUUUAUUAAUAUGUCGUGAUAACACUUGAAUUACACGUUUAAAGGAUCUUAAAUUUCUUCGACAAUGCAUUCGAUCCUCAUCUUUUAAUUUUGUUUAUUUCUCGUUUAGACAGGUAAAUUCUUAUUAUUUUUCACGCUAAUCGAUCUUAAAAAUUAUAUAAAAUGUUACCUUAUUUAAAAUAUAUUCUUUGAUUUAAUGUUUGUCCAAACAUAUCUAGAGUGUGACGAAUACCAUUCUCUGAAACCAUCGAAGAGAUUUCUACUUUAUAAAAAAAGUCUAUAUUCUGCGUGAAGAAAAAAAAAACUUAUUUAUAUAUAUUACGCAAGCGAUAUAUUUUAGUUUUAUUCAAGGAACCAAACUACACUGAAAUUUAAAAAAUAAAGGGUUUUGUGAUAUGUGUAACUAUAAAACCAAGUGGUCUUAAUUUCCUUGCCUUUUUUAUUUUUGAUAACGUUGAAAAAGUUAUUUUUUUGCGUAGAUACUCUUUGUAGUGCCUUCUAAGUUGAGAUAUUAAUGGUUCAUAUGUAUGAGCCUGUAAAACACUAUUUUGUGAUCAUGGGUUUGUUUUUGUAUUCAUGGUUCACACCAGAGAACCCGAGUAUUUCGACGGAAGCACACUGAACAGAAAAGAUGUAAAGGACAGUUGGUUUACUUUUUAAAAUUCCUUUUAUCCAUCUUGUAUGGAUGUGCCAGGUAGGAACACGGUAAAAAUUGUUAAUGGCAGGCGACCAUAAAUGAAACUAAUUGGAAUAAUUCAAGGGAACGUUUUUUAGUAUCUUUCUAUUUACUAUAUGAUAUCAAUUAGUGAGUUAAGGUAUUCUUAAAUAAUUCCUUUUCUUGUAAUUACUUUUUUCAAAGAAAAUUAUACUCUGAUUUUUUUCAAAAUUUGUUUACGGUCAUAUGUAGAAGGUUUCCAAAUAUCCGGAUAAACAAAUACCACAUCCUAUCUGGAUAUUAAAAAUAUCCGAAUAAUCCCUCCUUGUAGGUAUAGUUUUACUUUUACGUAAGGAUAACCCCUUCUUGUAGAUAUGAGUUUAAUGGAAGACGAGGUAGUUUUAUUCUUCUUUUACUUUGCAGUUAUUUCUAUAAAGAUUCUACGGUUAAAAAAUUUGAUAUCUAUAAAACUAAAACAUGAAACAUAUUUUUUCCCACGUAUUUUUUCGCUCGUAAUAGAGUUGUUAUAUUUUUUUUUUGUCUUAAAGCAAAAUGCAAUUAGAAUAACAUAUAAAAAAAAAAGAAGGAAGAAAUUAUGUAGUCUCUAAAAUUGAUUUUAAAAAUUAUUUAAUUUAUAUUAAACAAAAAUAUUAUUAUUUUGCUGAAAUACUUGAUUUUAUUUGCUUAAAAAAGCAUAUAAUUUAUACGUAUGAAAAUUAAAAUUUGAUAACAUAUAAAGUAACAUAAACGUACAAAAUAACGCAUAAAACGUUUAAACUUUCAACUAGUAUAAAAUUAUUACUUUUAAGGCACUGAAAAAUAAAAGUAUAACUAAAACUACGUUAAUAAAUGAACGACAAAAUUAAUUUUACGUGGCCUAGAAACACAAAUAAGCUAGCUGUUCGGAUAAGGGAUAUUUACUGAAAUUGGGAAUAAUAAAUUCUUCUACGGUGUACAGUCAUACUAAGUAUUUGCAUUGUUGUUGAUUUUUAAUCCAUUAAGGUAAAGUAAUUGAGGAAUGCCUUUUAGGAGGAAAGGAUGCUUUCGUGGAGAGCUUUUUAAGGAAAACCAACUCGUAUUCCCGUUACACCUGAUGAAAAAAAUCAGUCGGCUAAUAUAAAUCAGAACAUGGUUUAUGACGGUAGUAAAAAUAUAUACUUGGAAAAGUUUCUGUAUGUAACGAAUGCUAUUUAUUAUAGAUGUCCAUUUAGGAACUGUCCAGUCAGUAGUGACGUCAGAAAUUAUUCAGGUAUCCACAUUUUGCUUAGCUAUUGCCCAGGUUCCAAUAUGUUAACUUAUUGUCAAAACCCUGUUUUAUUUCUUUCUUAAAUUCUUUUUAAGUUAUAUUUUGGUGUUGAAUGCUGUCAGUGUGUGCCCGUCUUUAUGAGUUCGACUCAGGGUAACGAGUUUCUUUCUAAAGGUAUUAAAAACUUUAGCGUGUGGUAGAGUUAACUGCUACAGAUAUCGAAAUGAUGAACUAAUUACAGAGCAUGUUUUCUAUUAUUUCACAUGAUUAAUUCGCUUGCGAAAUCUAUUCUUACUACUCAUAUGCAUGUUGCGAAAUUUUUCUCCGAGCUUUGCUUUCAAUAAGUAUUUAAUCAUCGACAAAAUUAAGAUUAUGAAAACUAUACUUUGUAUAAUUACAAGUUACAGAGGUGUAUAGAAAAACUGUAUAUUUUUUGAAAAAUUGUAUAUAGUUUUACAUGAUGUGUAUCUGGUGUUUCAUAACAUUGCACUUAACUGUAAUUCUACUCGCCGACACGACACUGUAACUUUCAACAUUAACAACGCGUAUUUUGGUAUGACUAUUCCUUUAUGUGCUUUAAGACUUCAAAGAACUUAAAAAUGUCAAGUACCUCGUUAUCACCGUAGAUUAUUACCCAGUGAGUCAGUCCUCUUCCCUGAGUAAAAAAAAGUUUAGUGAAUUUAUUUUUCAUACAUGUUAACAAAUGUGAGACCAUGUUCCAUUUCUAUCUUUUCAAAGUGGUAUGUGUUAUUGCUUCAUUGCAUUAAAUAGCGUUCUAAUAUUGUAAGUGUUCUUGGGAAUUGCAGAGGUAACUGUUUAGUGUAAUUUAACUAUUUUAAAACCUUUUUGUAUUGCUUUUGUAUAUACAUGUAUGUACUUCGUGAAGGAGUUCUUUAGAAGCUAAAUAGUAGAAAAUAUUGCAGAAAUGUAAAAUUUUUUAUCUUUAUAUAUGUUGAAAAUGGAAAUCGUGUAGAUUAUUAAACAUGUAGAUGGUCAUUUUGGAAACCAAAAUUUUGCAAACGAAUUCAACUCUUUUUCUUCUCCGAGUUUUCGUUAAUAUUUUAUUGCUAUAAUAUUUUACUAUUUUUUAAAAAAUGUGAAAUGUAUGUUUGUUUAUUAAAAUAUAAAUUAAUUGCUUAUAUGAAAUGUAUUUAAAUUUGAUGAGUUGAUUUUUACGUAUGCUUUAACAUAUAUGUUAAAAAAAAUUUUAUAUUGUUCAAUCAAUCUUUUUGCUAAUAUGAACUAUUAGAUGGUAGACUUGUUUCAGAUUUCUAUGAAGCCUGUGAUUUUGUUUGAGAAAAUUUUUUGGACAUGUGUUGUGUGUUAUUACGUUUAGACUGCCAUCUUUAAAUAUCAGUGUUAUAGAUGUAAUAAAAUAAAAUGUAACGGCUCUGCUUUACAGUCCCGUUGUAGCCGUUAAGGUAAUACCGCAUUAGCUGACCAAACAUGGCGGUUGUCGACCCGGCGUGUGAUUGUGUCAUUUUCCCGUGUGUUUGUGAGCGUGAGGACAACAUAAUUUUUUUUUAAUCCGUCUCGUCCAAGUCAACCACUGAUUGGUCAACACACAAGAACUUUGAUCAAUAUAAAGCCGCUAAGAUGCACAAGUGAUCAGUUUUAUUCAGCCUACAUGGAAAAAAAAACAGAAAACGAUGAUUAAAAAAAUGCGAAUAAAUUUUGUGGAACGACGGAAAAAUUCUUUUUCAUUGCUAAGUAUGCGACAGAUGUGUUGUUAUAUAUAUAUUAUAUAUAAAUAUAUAUAUACAUGUCCGUUCUGGGUCAGUUUAUUGUCACCUGUAGCACUUAGCAAUAUUAAACACCUUCAGUAGUAAAAAAA